UUUCUCUGCGAAUCCGGUGUCGCGGAGAGUUGCACGAUUCCGAGGAAUGCGGGAAAUCGAAGAAAUCGAAUUAAGGUAAGAUAGGCAGCGGGGUUUCCCUCGUUCGAGGGAUGAAUCUGGCCUCAACGGAUAUAUAAGGCCGUCAUCGUACAGUGCUCAGUGUCAUUCGUCUGGUUUUAUCAAUUCCAGCAGCCUCGGCUUGUUCCAAGCGCCAAUAAUCAGUCAUGAACACUUCAAUCCGUAUUUUGCUGGUGCUCUUUUUAGCCUAUUUAAUGGUAUUCAUGUUCGUUGCAGGAAGCGUUCCUUUUGAACGAGCCAUAGGAGUCUGUAUCCGAAAUUGCGCUCAAUGUAAGAAAAUGUUCGGCCCAUACUUCCUUGGACAAAAGUGUGCCGAUUCUUGUUUCAAGAACAAAGGAAAACUCAUUCCUGACUGCGAGGAUGAGGAUUCGAUCCAACCAUUCCUCCAAGCGCUUGAUAGCGAAUAUUAGAAAAUUAAAAUCGACUUAAUGUUCCUCGCUAUUUAAUAAUUAUUCACGCUAAGUAUAAUACAUACCAAAAGUAAUGCGUCUGAAUUUGCAAAUAGAAUAUACAAACAUAAUAUAUCUCUCUAUUAAAUAACAAGUAUAUCGAAAGAAUUCUUCUUUUCGUUUUUUUUUUCUUUUGUAAUUUUUAAUUUUGAC